GAAGCCCGGCGCGCGUCAGCCGGACCGCCCCUUCGUUGUUCAUUGAAGAAGACGAGGGACAGUCAGGACUUCCAUCCUCUCCAGAGAUCCUGCCAUCAUGUCGUCCAAACUCUGCAAGCUCUUCGUCGGAGGUUUGAAUGUGGAGACGACGGACCAGGGCCUCCGGGCCUACUUCGAGAAGUUCGGCACGCUGAACGACUGCGUGGUGGUCAUGAAUCCCCAGCUCGGGCGGUCCCGCUGCUUCGGCUUCCUGACCUACUCCGCGCCCGAAGAGGCCGACGCAGCAAUGGCGGAGAAGCCACAUGUCGUAGACGGAAACAACGUGGAGCUGAAGCGGGCAAUCGCACGGGAGGACGCCAACAACCCCGAUAUCCUCGCCAACGUGAAGAAAAUCUUCGUGGGCGGCGUGAAGGACCACAUCGAGGCCGACGACCUGACCCAGUUCUUCUCGCAGUUCGGCGUGGUGGAGAAGGCCGAGAUCAUCUCCGACAAGCAGACCGGCAAGAAGCGCGGCUUCGGCUUUGUCUAUUUCGAGGACACCGACUCCGCCACCAAGGCGGUCCUCACCAAGUUCCACACCAUCAACGGUAACAAGGUGGAGGUGAAGAAGGCCAUGACCAAGCAGGAAAUGUCGACCGGCGGCCGCGGAGGACGAGGUCGCGGACGGGGGAUGCAGGGCUAUGGCGGUGGCCGAGGCGGCGGCGGCUACGGUGGUGGCGGCUACGGCGGUGGUUACGGUGGUAACUACUACGGCGGCGGCUACAACAACGGAGGAGGCUACGGCUACGGUGGCGGCUACGAAGAUUACGACAACCAGAUGGGGGGUGGUUACAGUAACGGGGACUUUGGCGAUGGCUACGGACAGCAGCACUCCAACUAUGGUGCAAUGAAGGGGGGCAACUUUUCCUACAGGAGCGGGGCUCCCUACAACAGAGGAGGUGCUGGAGCCGGCUACGGCCGCGGAGGUGGGUUCGGCGGCGGCUAUUAGAUCCAAUGUAAAGUAUCAAUCCGAGUACCACGAACUUGAAAUCACACACACGCAGGGUGGGGGGUGAGUCGAUCGACUGAAGCAGCAGCGCCCAUCACCCAUGCCGAAUGAAUGAGACUGUCCUCCGGUUCCCAUCUGCCCCCACCUGGACCCCAUCUGUCCUCCUAUUCCAUUUGUGUGGACAUUAUUGACAAAAAGUUGUGAAUUGUUUUUAUUACGUUGGAAGAAAUUUGUUGUUUUUGUCACUGCUUAUCAACGUUCAUUUGAGUUUGUCUAACAAACCAGUCUUUUUUGUUCUGUCGCUUCUUGAACUCAGGGUUUUAAGUGAGGUCGGUGGCGGUGUCACAGGACAGCAUGGGACUCGAGUGUUUGAGUUUCUUGAUCCAAAACACCUGUCUGUGACGAUAUUUCUUUUUGAUAGAUGGAUGAUUUCUAUUGUAAGUUGCGCUCAGAUUCCGCUUCUCCCGUCCCAUUAGGCUCUUUUGUUCAAAUUAAAAUGUAAAGUGCUCAGUUGGCCCCUAUGUUCUGGUUUUAUUAAACAUUUUAAUGUUUUGAAAAUCACAA